GAUGCCGGCCUGCUGUCUUUGAAGAGGAAUGGGAAGAAAGAUGAAACCAUCCGCACUGAACUAGACAUGAACUCAUGCAAAGGAAAACACAUCGGCUGCUUUGAAAUCACUGUGUACGAUCAGGAGUACUUCCAGGGCAGGCGUAUGGAGUUCACCGCCAGCUGCCAGAACAUCAUGGAGUGUGGGAUGGAGAACAUUCGCUCCCUGAAGGUUGAGUGUGGCGCCUGGGUGGGCUACGAGCACUCCAGCUUCUGUGGCCAGCAGUUUGUCCUGGAGAAGGGAGACUACCCUCGCUUUGAGGCCUACAGUGGCAGUAACUCCUACCGCAUUGAGAGGAUGAUCUCCUUCAGGCCCAUCUGCUGCGCUCACCACAAGGAGUCUCGCAUGACCAUCUUUGAGAUGGAGAACAUGAUGGGUCGUCAGUUCGAGCUGUGUGAUGACUACCCCUCCCUGCAGGCCAUGGGCUGGAUGAACAACGAGGUUGGAUCCAUGCUCGUUCAGUCUGGAGCCUUCGUGUGCUACCAGUACCCUGGAUACCGUGGCCACCAGUACAUCAUGGAGUGUGACUGUCGUGGAGGAGAGUACAAGUGUUACCGUGAGUUUGGCUCCCACUCCCAGACUCCCCAGAUUCAGUCCAUCAGGAGGAUCCAGCACUGAGGGGGGACCUUUCCUUUACACUUCCUCAUCUCCUUCCCCUCC